AUGCAGGCUCUGAGGAUACUGUCGUUGGUUGUAUUCUUCACGUUCGUCUUGGGUAUUUACUCGUCUCCGGUGUUGCAUGAGCGGGCUAUCUCGAAAUGUACGCCAAAAGACAUCGCGAUCGUACGCCGUACGGUCAAAGAUGAGGCAUAUUUCUGCAAGUGGUGGCUUUCUGAAACCAAAUCUCCAUUCCUGGAGUUCAGUCCUUUGCAGGUGACCGAUCUUUGCCGAUGCAUCUCGCCAGCAAAGACUACUACGAAGAAGAAGCGUGCAGAAUUGAUCGAGGAGGCCACUGUCGAGGCUCGUCUUGAGAGAAGACAAACCAUGACAACCUGCAGAGCCAAACUAAGCAUUCAGUUCAGCCAGCCUUGGCGCUUCUGUGUCUUCUAUACCUCAUAUCCCAGGACCACCUCUCCGUUUGCUAGAUACUCUGCUAAAGGAUUGACCAAGCUGUGCGGCUGCGUCAAUGGAAACGUAGUCUCAACUUCUUCCAAGAAAACUCUGACAUUCACCAAAAGCGCAAGCCGUACGGUCAACCCAUUCUCGAAGGCUUCAUCUUCAAGCAAGAAGCACCUCGGUCAAGUCAGUCACGAAGGUCUCGUCCUCGUCGAAGCUUUCGAGCAGCUCGACCAAGCCUACCUCCCAAACUUCCUCCUCGUCAAGCAAACUUAUAAGCAGCUCUUCAAAACUUGUGUCCAGAACUUUAUCCUCGAGCAAGGCCGCCACCGAGUCGACUCUCAGCAAGUUUUCAAGCGGUACUCACUCGACGUCGACAUCGGAAUCGUCUAG